AUGGGAUUGGAGGGCUGUUUAUGGCUUGAGACCAGACCGGCUGGUCACCAGGGUUUUCUUGGUCAUGAACGGUUCACUGAAUUGGGGAAAUUGGAGGAUGAUCAGAACCCCUUCUUCAUCGAGCGUGUUGUCAACGUGUUUCUCAAAGAUCAGACCCCAAAUGAUAUAACUCGCAUUGGACAAGUAUUCAUUGGUGCUAAGAGGGUUCACACGGAAAUGGUUAACAUGAUGGCUUGUUUCAGGGAAGAUUACAUUCACAUUGGAGGGGUUAGGGCUGCAUUCUCACGGCUGAAAGAAGAGUUUGCCAUGCUGAAGGAUAAGCUGGAAGCCUAUCUUGGGCUGUUCCGACCUACAGAUCAACAUUCCGAGUCGGCUGACUCUAACUCCCCAAUAAAUUAA